AUGGAUGAUUCUACUCAAGAGCCAAUAUCUAGCAGCAACAUUAAAAAGUAUGUAAACUUGCUGUUGAAGAGAUACCAAACGAACCAGAAUGACAGAAUAACAAACCCAGAUGAUCCAGAAAAGUGGAUAAAGUCAGAAGUAGAUUUGGAUGAACACAUAAGGCUGUUUGCCGACCUUUCAACCAUUCCUUCACUAUACCCUCAAUUUCUAAACCUAGGAGGAUUUAAGGUUUUAUCGGAUAUUCUAUCGCAUCAAAACAUAGAUAUCGUAAUCCCAUGUAUCACGGUACUUUCGGAGCUCCUGGACCCGGAAAUAAUAUUUAAUUUAAACAACACUGAAGAUUUCCUCAAAGAAUUGGAAUUUCUAUCAAUCCACAAGUUGUGCAUUAAUGGAUUGCUGAAAAUUGAAGAAGAUAAUGGAGAAAUGGACUAUAACGGAGUCAAGAGUUCGUUCGAACUGAUUGAAAAUUUGGUGGAGAUAACGCCCAGUGUCAUAAAUGACAUGGCAACAAACGUGGAUUUACUAGGAUUCUUAAUCAAGAGAAUGAAAACCAGUAAAACAAUGGAAUAUGACUCGAAUAGAAUACACGCGAGUGAGAUAUUGUGUAUAAUACUGCAAGGAUCGGAAGAGGCGGUAGUGAAAGUAGGAAACAAGGACCCCCUGGACGGAAUAGACGCUAUGCUAAGAAUAAUAGCAAUAUACAGAAAGAGGGACCCAGAAAGCAUAGAAGAGGAGGAGCUGGUGGAGAAUGUUUUCCAGUGCCUGUGCAGACUGAUGUUCAAUAAGGACAAUCAACUGAGAUUCGGGAAGAUUCAAGGACUCCAGUUGGCAAUAAGGCUGAUACGUGAAAGGAGAAAAACAUAUAAGCAGGCACUGAAGCUUCUGGACUACGCACUGCUAGACUGCCCGGAGAACUGUAAACAAUUUGUUGUACUGUUUGGACUCAAGUGUAUCUUCAGUGUCCUGAUGAGGAAGGGAGUAUCUACGAAAGUGGGAUCUGAGGAGGAGAAACAGGAAGAUGAGAACGUAGUGAGCGUGCUCAAUUCACUGUGCUCGCACUGCAAUGGAGAAGAGUUGUCACGGGUGGUGAACAAGUUCGUGGAGAACAAACACGAGAAGCUCGAGAGGAUAGUGGAACUACACAAGAAAUACACCCAAAGGUCUAAAGCACUUCUGAAAAAGAUAGAACAGAACAAGCAGCACUCGAAGGAGAUAUUCGACAUGCUGAGUCUGAACGAGGGGGAGCAGAGCUACCUGGACAAGUACGAGGCGGGCCUGUCGAUAUGUCAGAUGAUAGACUGCGUGAUGGUGAGGCUGUACAACGUGGAUAACAAGAACCUGCCGCUGUGCCUGUUGGUCUUGCUACACAACAAGGGAGUGGACAUACAGGACAUAUACAACAACGUAUCAGACUUUUUGGAGCAUUUGUCUGAGGAUGCGAGGGACACGAGGGAGGUGGUGGAAGGCUUGCUCAAAAACUUCCUCAUGGGCGCGAAAAACUCGGGAUAUUUCGACUAA